ACUUUGCCAAAUUAUGCGCGUGAUUUUUGGACUGAGAUCCUUGUGGAAAGCUUUGUUCGCAUGAAUGUAUAAGCUGUACACCUGUGAAGAGAUUUCCAAAAUCUAUCGUGCAAUCUGAAUGAAAGCGCGAAGCUCCGGUAGUGGGGGGAGGGAGGGUCCGAAAGUGGAAAAAUUUCAAAGUUCAAAGAUCAUGCUCAGAAGCUUUAUCGCGUCCUAUCGAAUUAUCUAAAUCAUCUCGUGAUAAGGUUAAUCUAAUUAUAUAACCCAGUGGCCCACUGCUAAAAAAAAAAAACAGCAUCGCUAAUCAAGUUUAAAGUGCUUGACUUUAUCUCCGCGAGUUCAGUGUUCAACGAGCACCUCUACAGGUAACACCUGAGCAAAAUUUAAUUUUUUGUUGUAAGAAAUAAUAAUCAAACAUGAAGGUCUGCGCUCUUGCAAUCAUUGUUGCGAUUUGCACUAUACGAACUGCCUAUGCAGACUGGCGAGAAGACUUAAAACAAAAGCACGUCGACCGCCUCGUCAAGUACGUCGAUGGCAUGGAAGAUCUCCUUCAAUCCAGCGCAGCAACGAAAAGCACACCAGCCGCUUGGAAGUGCUACAAAGCUGCCAGCGAAAAAUUCAGCGAACUCAUCAAUCGUCACAGUGUGGACGUCGACCGGUGCGUGGCUCCACACGCUGAACAAGCUGAAGCUACUAAAUGCUGUGAUAAGCUCAAGAGAAGCAUGAUUAAAGAGGCAUCGAUCGUUAGCAGUACUGCAUCGGAAUGCAUCGACAAUUCGUCGUAGAUUUAUCAUUUUAAAAUUUUUAACGACUUUGUAAACGAUUGAGUGCGACCAAUAAAGAUUGUUUAGGCAAGAUUUGAAGUUUCAAGCGAAACUUCGCUCUCGCGACAAAAACGUCGGGAAUACGUUUGCUCCCCGUUUACAUCCCGUCAUAUUCGCUUUAAUAUUAAUAAUCUUUGCUAUCAGACUGCUCGAUAACACUGACUCGAUUGAUCGUAUAUAAAUAAAGGCCAGAUUACUGCAAAUCUAGUAGACCCUGUCAAGUCGCCCCAAUAUACAUCAUGAAGUUCUACGCCGUCGUUUCUCUACUCGUGCUUCUCGCAAUUCACAAUGCGGAGUCCGGGCAAGGCGACAUCCAAAAGGCGCGUUUGGUCAAAUUGUACGGUUUCAUCGUGAAAGAGAGUCAAAUGAUUCAGUCCUACGCAGCCAUAACGAACACAGCGAACGCUUGGAAUUGCGCCUACGCGGCGUACCCUCAACUAACGAAUCUGCUGCCAGCUUACAGUCAGGAAAUCGACAGUUGUCUCAAAUCGACUACCAACGAGAACGACGGGAACAGGUGUUGUGAUCCUGUUGAUUACAAUACCAUAAUUAAAGCCGUCGCUAUUACCAACAAUGCUAUGAAGUGUUGAAAAUAGUCUUCGGAAGAUGUAUCGUCGUUUAGAAGACCACUUGUGUCUGAGGAAUAUAAAAAUUAUUUUCCAAAAAAUA